GAGCAUUCCCUCAGUCCCGCCCGCCCGCCCUGCCGAGCCUCCUGGCGUUCCGGACAGAGCCCCCCGCCCCGCCUGGUGAAUGAGCCACAAGACCUCCUCUACCUUCCGAGCGGAACACAGUUUCCACUCCUCCUCCUCGUCCUCCUCCUCCUCCUCCUCUUCAUCCUCUUCAUCCUCCUCAGCCUCCCACAACGCCCCUGCCCGGGACCUGCCCAUGGAGAAGGCUCUGAGCAUGUUUUCCGAGGACUUCGGCAGCUUCAUGCGGCCGCAGCCUUUGGGCUUCCCAGCAGCCCGAUCUGGGGGUACAGGCAACAUCAAGACCCUGGGAGACUCCUACCAGUUUGCAGUGGACGUGAGCGACUUCUCCCCGGAGGACAUCAUCGUCACUACAUCCAACAACCAGAUCGAGGUUCGGGCUGAGAAGCUGGCCCCAGAUGGCACUGUCAUGAAUACCUUCACCCACAAAUGCCAGCUCCCAGAAGAUGUGGACCCCACAUCGGUGACCUCAACCCUGGGCGAUGACGGGAGCCUCACCAUCCGAGCCCGACGCCAUCCCCACCCGGAGCAUGUGCAGCAGACCUUCAGAACUGAAAUCAAAAUCUGAGGGGCCACACGGCCUGGAGCCUCCCCGGCCUGCCCAAGGGGAGUGCCCUCCUCCACUUUCCCCCCCACUAACAGGCCCGAUAGAAAAGCUUUCCUUCUCUCUUCCCCCUCCCCAACUCUUGGCUGGGGCUUGGCUGGAGCUCCAGGUUCCAUGUCUUCCAUCUUGGUCCUGGGAUCUCAAUUUCAAGCCUCUUCAUUCCCCACCCCAACCCUGGUUCCAGCUCCCCGUGUGUGGCCCCUGGUGGGUCACUCCCGAAGCCCAGGGCCCUCGAUUUAGAUUGGGGUGGAAAUGGUGAUCUUCUUUAUCCCCCCUAAGGCAGGCCUCCCACUGUACCCCGUGUAAGUUUUAGAUCAAUACAUUGGGACUCGUGCUUAGUUGGCUCUGGGUGCUAGAUCUGGACAGCUUCAAGCAGAACCUCUCUUACAGGGUGUUCUCAGCCUCUGGGAUAAGAAACUUGGAGGAAAGAGAGAGCUCUGUAGAAGAAGCGAUUUGGUUUCUAGGAGCCAGGACAGCAGGGAGACUGAUAAAAAAGAUUCUGAAUGCAUCCCUCAGUCCCUCCUGGGAUCUGGUAUAUGGGGAGUGAGCAGAGGGAGAUAUAGGAGUGAGGAGUCCCUGGGUAACAGUGAAUAAAUUACAACUUUCCCUUUUUCUUAGGAUUGGAAGCCAAAUAUGGAUAAAAGGCCCAUCCAAGGGAAUGGGGGAAUUCUUGGGGAGUCUGGGACUUGUUCCCUUCUCUCACUCAAUCCCCUGAUGAUGCCUUAGUUGUCCUUGUCCCACACCCAACAGAAUGCUAAGAAAGGAAAGAGCCCAGUACCCAAUUAAUCAGUAUUCAAUUAUUAAGAACCUACUCUGUCCUAGCUGCUCCUCCUAUCACCAGUGACUCCAUGUCCUUAAAACCUCCUAGAGCAAUGACAGAGCGCUGGACUUGGAAUCAGAAGACCUGUUCUUGGUCACUUGCGCAAACUUGACCAAAUCUAUAAAACCGCUUUAAGCCUCCAUUUCCUUAAUUGUAAAUUGAGUGGAUCAGACUACAGUGUCCCUUCCCAUUUGAGAGCCUCCGCUCCUUUAGAAUGGAUCCCAGUUCUAGGACCUGACAGGCUUGCCGUGAGACUCACCAGCUGUACCUUCCUCCAUCCCUUCUCUCUGCUCUCUGAAGCAUUGCUCUGGAUCUCGUCCUGAUCAGCGGGACAGAGAAAGGGCUGUAGGGAGACCUCAGAGGAGUGGCCAUUUAUGGCGGCCUCUCCUUGGCAGGUCCCAAGCCCAUCAUCCCAGCCCAGCCAAUGAACCUGGCCAGACUGUGAAGCUUCCUUCUAGCUUUACCAUCUGAUGAGUCUUUAGUGGGAGCAGAGGGGAGACCAGGGGAAUGGCAGGUUGACCAUUUAGAGCAGGCAAAUAAGAAUACCAAGAAUGGAUCCUUUUACAAAGUGCCUUUUAGAAGGCAGACACUACAAGUAUUUCUCCCUCUAUUUUUCACAAGAGGAAAGUGAGAUUUAGGGUUUGGAUUUAUCCAUGGUCAGUAAGUGUCCGAGCUAGAGCUCAAACUGAAUUCUCCUGACCCCGAAACCAAUCCCUUCUUUCUAUACCAAACACUGAGGUCACCACACAAUCUCCUCCCUCUCUCACUCCAACCUGAACUCUUAUCCCCUAACCCCAUUUUCCAGAUCUAGUGUAUUUGACAGGGGGCAAGCUAGGGGGCUCCCACCUUAGCUACCACCUGUGCCCUGCGACAGGGGAGCUUCCCAUUAGUGUCCUAUCUGUAUAUAGGGAUUUUUCUAACCUGGGUUGGUUCCUGAUAAAUUAUUUAUGACUCCCUGCUGUCUACUGCCUAAUAGUCUCAACCUCAACCCCUCCAGAAAUAAUCAUAAUCAUAAUCAUAAUAAUCAAAACCAGCUUUAUUUAGGUUUUCCAUUUCAGACUCAACAAUAGUCCUGUGAGAGAGCCGCUAGAGGAAAGGGAAUAAACCUUUAUACAGUGCCUACUAUGUGCCUGACACUGUACUAAAGCACUUUACUAUUAUUAUCAUAUUUAUCCUCACAACAAUCCCAAGAGGGAAGUUCUCUUAUUAUCCCCGUUUUAUAGAUGAGAAAAGUGAGGCAGAAAUAAGAUGACUUUCUUAGGGUCACACAGUAUCUAAGGCUGAAUUUCAACUCAGGUCUUUCUGAUCUAAUGCUUUAACCACUGUGGUUAUCCCCAUUUUACAGAUGAGAAAAUUAAGACUCAGAGAAUUGUUUAGCAUAAUACAGUAGAAGUGGGGCUGAAAAAAAAAUUAGGGCUGGAUUUGGAGUCUGGAGACCUGAGUGCAAAUUCUGCCUCUAUACCUUACUAGUUGUGUGAUUUUGGACAAUUCAUUUAACACUUUUGGCAGUCGGCUUUUUUCAUUGCCAAAUAAGAAGUAUGGAUGAAGUGGCCUCCAAAGCUCUGCCCAGUCCUGGAUCUAUGAUUCUAUGACCCACCAGAGUCCAAUGCUGGGGGCUGACUUUGUUCCCACCUCCAGGAGUAACUCUGCAUUCCCAACCUCCAUAUUGCCUCUUUUGGUGCUUCAUGUGUGGGGUCAGAGGGGUCCUUGGUGAACAACAUUUUUUCAUUUGCUUCUCUACUCACUGUUUGGGGCGUCCUCAACCAAGGUUUUCCUUCUCCGCACCAUAGUGAUGUCCAGGGCCCGAUGGCUCCAUCCUAUUCACAGUCAGUCAAUAAGUAUUUAUUACGCACCUACUAUGUGCUAGAUGAAUCUCUGCUUUCCCCAAACUGAGGUUUCCAGUGUGCUGUGCCCUGCUCCAAAACACUCAACUUUCUUCCUAAAUCAAUUAAUCAAUGAAGAAACCUUGAUUAAAAGCCAGACACAAUACAAAGGCAAAAAUGGAUAAUCCCCACCCUCAAGGUGCUCACAUUCUAUCACAGGAACCAAUACACCGAGCUCUAUAUAAAAUGUAGGGGGAGGGUGUUAGACCCGUAAUUUCAUUGGUAUAUGGAAUUUCUGGAGCAGGAGAAUCUUUCUCCCAACACAGAUGUCUCUGUAAUCUAAUCUCAGGGCUGCCUAGGGCCCUAAGAGGUCAAGGGAAUCACACGGCCCUGAUAGUCAGAGGUGAGACUUCAAGAGACACUCUGAGGCUGAUUCUCUACCCAUGACAUCAUGCUGCUUUUCAUCUAUUUGUCUACAAUAUAUAGGGGCCCAGGGAGAAACACUUGCCCCUUUGCUUGGGAUCUCACUGGUUAGAGCACCUCAGGUUGUCCUCUCUCUCUCUCAUCUAGAGGUCUGUGAAUAUGGAGUUCGUGUCUACACCAUUCAUACCAAUCCUAUUUACAUCAUUCAUACCAGUCAUACGGAGUCAUUUUUUAGUUUAAAAAACAAAUACCAUGUGCGCACACACACAAAAUUCUUCUAUUUCCGGAGUACUUUGAAAUUUGCCUCCUUUGAGUUCUUCUUCCGAUACCUACUUGUGGUAUCAACAGAGUGCCAGAUCUCAGAAGCUUCCUUCCAGGAAUGCUCCCUGUCUAAAAACUAGAAUUUAUAUAGCAUUCAAGGUUUGCAAAUCACUCUAUAAAUGUUAUCUCACAACAAUAGGUACUAUUAAUAUUCCCAUUUUGCAGAUUAAAAAUAACUGAGACCAAUAGAAGCAAGAGUGCCUUGUCCAGAAUCCCACAGCCGGUCAGUGUCUGAGGCUGAAUUGGAACUCAGUCUUCCAGGAGCCAGGUCUUUGGCUUUAUCCAAGGGCUAAGUAGCUGUCUGAGAAUCAGCCUGGCUAAGUUUGGAAAGUCCCACUUGCAGGGGAAUGAUCUUUGGGGUCACAGCUGUUCUCUGAGACCAGAUUUAUAGAAAUAGCAGAAUCUUAAACUCUUAAUAAGUUUGCUUUUCUUAUAAGAGCAUUGAAGUGAGAAAGGGCAAGCCCACAAUGCUUGUCUUCCAAGAGGUAAGCGAAUUCAUAGAUUACACACUGAAGAUCACAGGGGUGGUGGCAAGUGAGGGAAGGCUUGAAGGAAGGAAGGACUCUAACAGCUGGAUGUGGUGAGGGUCCCAGAUGGGAAUUUCUUCCAGUUGAGGAAUGGAGAAUAAUAUGAGAAAAGACAUUAAGAUUCCAGAGGGGAAAAAACUCGAGAGAAGAAUAGACUGGGACAGAUUGAGUUUAUUAAAGGGUAUAAUGUGAGAUAAAUUUGAAUUCAUAAACUGGAGUCAGAUAUACCUUCUGAAGGGUAGCUAAGUGGUACUACAGUGCAUCAUUAGCAAGCUUGAAGUCAGGAGGAGCUGAAUUCAAAUCUACCUUCAGACACCAGCUGUGUGACAUCAUGCAAAUCACUUUCAGUUCCUCAUUUAUAAAAAUGAGUUAGAGAAGGAAAUGGCGAACCACGCCAAUAUCUCUCCCAAAGAAACCCCAUCUGGGUUUGCAUUGAGAUAAGAAUUGCUAUCCCAUGUUUUGUUUUGUUUUAACUUUAACUGAAGCAUAAUAGAUUCUACUUUAGCCCUUUC